AUGACACAGUCCUGCUGCUCCCCCUGCUGCCAGCCCACCUGCUGCAGAACCACCCACUGCAGGACCACCUGCUGGCAACCUACCUGCAUCACCAGCUCCUGCAGCUCCCCCUGCUGCCAGCCCAGCUGCUGUGGACAAACCAGCUGUGGCUCCAGCUGCUGCCAGCCCAGCUGCUGCCAGACCACCUGCUGCAGGACCUGCUUCAAGCCCAGCUAUGUGGCCAGCUGCUACAGCACCCCUUGCUGCCAGCCUCGGUGCUGUGUGUCCAGCCGCUGCCAGCCCAGCUCCUGCAGGACCUCCUGCUGCUGCUCCCCCUGCUGCCAGCCCACCUGCUGCAGAACCACCCACUGCAGGACCACCUGCUGGCAACCUGCCUGCAUCACCAGCUCCUGCAGCUCCCCCUGCUGCCAGCCCAGCUGCUGCCAGUCCAGCUGCUGCCAGCCCAGCUGUUGCCAGCCCAGCUGCUGCCAGUCCACCUGCUGCCAGCCGGCCUGCUCCGGACCCGUGUACUGCACCAGAAGGUGCUACUACCCCACGUGCGUCCACCUGUGCAGCGGCCUCCCCGAGAGCUACGGCUCCAGCUGCUGCCAGCCCUGCAGCUGCUGA